GUCCUUGCAAAUAUACAUCCGCUGCUAUGGUCUCGGUGCUUCCGUAUGAAAAUAGGAAGGAGCCAUCUGUUGAAAAAAAGAAAGUAAGACAUAAAAUUUUCAAAUCUUGACCUUUUCCAAGUUCAACUACAUAUGAAUUCGACAACUCGCAGACCUAUGAACGACAUCUUUAUCCACCAACCUACAACCCAUCGAAAUGUCCGUCACGACGUUAAAUGGCCAACCUACACUUAAUAUUUCCGGUCCUGGCCAGACCGCUCUCUCCCGUCUCGAUCCGCUCAAAAAAGUCUUCACCAAAUUCUUUUCUUCCAUUCCACAAAAAGUACGAGGUCAUGUUGUUGCUGUUAUUGGCGAACUUAUUGGCACAACUGCUUUUCUAUUCAUCGCAUUUUCCGCAGCUGAAGUCGCUCUCGCGUCUGCAAAUGAUAACAAAGGCGAUAAAGUUAGCUACGAGACAAAAUCGAUUAGUACGACUCAGAUAUUGUUUAUAGCAUUUGGAGCUGGAAUAAGUCUGGUGGUUAACGCGUGGACUUUUUUCCGUAUUAGUGGAGGGCUGUUUGACCCAGCAGUCUCUAUUGCAUUGUUCUUCGUCGGCGCAAUCGAUUUGACUCGAUGUGUACUACUUUGUAUAGCACAAUGUGUGGGUGCAAUUGCUGCUUCUGCAAUGGCUUAUGGUUUAUAUCACGGAGGUUUACAUACGGCAACUACACUUAAGCCUGGCAUGAGCCCAGCACAAGGAGUUGUUCUUGAGAUGAUACUCACAUGUCAGCUCUGUUUUACGGUUCUUAUGCUCGCAGCUGAAAAGCAUGAGGCUACAUUUUUGGCACCUCUGGGUAUUGGAUUAUCUGUGUUCAUAGGGGAACUAUCCGGCGUCUUCUGGACUGGCGGCUCCAUGAACCCAGCCCGCUCUCUUGGUCCCGCAGUCAUAACCUUAAGUUUCCCAAGCUACCACUGGAUCUACUGGGUCGGCCCUAUUGCCGGCGCCGGCCUAGCAAGUAUAAUCUACAAACUAAUCAAAGCACUCGAAUACGAAACCGCACAACUCUCCGAGAGCGAAAUUCACGCUCAUCCCGCUGAAGACUCAGAGAAAGCAUCUGGGCACACGGGUCCCUGUGAAUGUAUGUGUUUCAAGGUCGCGGCUCAGGAACAAUCAUCGACCGCAAGUAUGCUGCAAGUUGCUACGACGGAUGCGAGGAAAAGCUCGAGUCUGGUUCCGACGAAAAGUACCAAGAGUGGAAAUUCAGAUAUGAAGAAGACUGAGACAGUGGUGGAAGAGCCGGCGAAGAUUCAACCGAAGGCUCCUCCAGUGGCUGACGAUGGUUUCUUUGGGGAGAUGUAUGCAGAUUGAGUGGAAACUUACAACAUGAUUCUAGGAUGAAUAUCAGUAUUAUUGUUUGUCUAAAGUUGGACGACUGUGUUAUAAAAUUGGUUUAGUGAAUUAUUGAAUAACUUCUUCCCUUUUCGGGAUGAUUGGUGUAGUUUAUGAUGAGGUUCUGUGCGGGUAUA